AGAUGAAGUGCGCGCAGCCAUCACAACGCUAAAGUCCGCUAGUUUCUCCAAAGUACCGCAGCUCCAACGGCACGUGUUUCUGUGUGCAGAUGAGAAUGUAUCUUGUGCUCACUCACGCAUCCGUCCUUUGGGUUGUUUACUUUUCUAUCGGCGUCAUCGCCGUGCUGCACAUUGUGAUUUGGAUGAGCGCACGCUACAUCGAGGCGACAGCAAGCGGGCCGCGGUAAGCACAUGGAAUACACAUCUUUCAAAAGCAGAAGGAAUUCUUUUCUCGAUAUUGUUUUGUUACAAAGCGAACUAAUCGUGCGUGUUCUAACUUCGGUGUCCACCCCGCCCCCUCACGUGCUAGAGUUUUCUGCUGUUGUUUUGUUUUGUUCCUCUUUGCCUCAAUGAGGCUUCCUCAUUCACUGUUAUAACUAUUUUAUACAUCAUCAUUAUUGCUCCCUCGUCGUGCUCAAAGCGAACCGCACACACUCUUCAACGUACACUACGCUCUUGUUUGGUUUUUUAAGGUUCACGGUUUACUUCUUCGCCCUGGCAGCAUCAACGGAAGAAAAUUGCACGUCUGUUCCUGUUAUUUUUAUUGUUAUUAUUCUUAUUUUUCAAGGGCUUCGCACUGUCUCGUUCCUCCCUCCUCCUCUCCCCGCCGUCUUCUCCUCGCGCAUCGAUGCCGAGUAGCUCCGACGACGAAGGCGGCACCUACGCUGGCGUACAAAGCAAACAGCUGCUACGCACGGACCAGCGGUACCGGCACCCGCCAUCUCGAGCGCCCCCCAUCGCGCCCAACUGCGACGCUGGGAAAGCUCCAAAUAGCUCUCCCACCAAUGAUGUUUUCGGCACGCUGACGGGCGCGUUCAAAAGCCGCGAAUGGCCCUCAGACGAGUGUUGCCGCCCAUUGCGCAGCCGGUCGCUGAGGCGCAGGCUCGUGCGCCUUUCCAUUUUAUUCCUGUUCGUGCUGCUUCUCGGUGCUGUGCUUCUCCGUCAAAUCGCUGUCGCUCCCUCCACUCGUGGCGCUGGCGCAACUCGGUUCACGGCCAGAACUCCUUUGCCAUCGCCGUCACCGCCGUCGCACCAUCAGCCCGCAACCCCCACCGCCGCCGUUGUGUCAGCCGCCAGCGCCACCACAACGCUGCUCCCUACGCCCGCAGAACAAAACACCGGCUAUCGCGCGCAGCCGCUGCCGGCCACGUGGGCACAGGGCGGUGGCAGCGUCCGCAUCGCCCGCGCGUUUACCGUCUUGACGGUGGCAACAGGGCCUCCACUCACGUCAGAGGUCGUUGCCGCGGCUGCCGCUGCCGUUUCUACCUCCCCGCCGCAACAGGCGGUAGUGCUGCUGCGCCGCGCCGCACGUCACCUUCUCAUGUCGGGGAUGACGCGGCACCACAGCAUCCACGAGUGGCUCAUCAUGCACAACGAGGUCUUCACCGGUGCAAAGGCGAUCGCCGCAGCAGCGGAGGAAGAGGAGGUAGUGCGGAGGUGGUGGUGGACCGGCGAGCAGGGAGCUCCCACUGCCCCUGCCCCGAAUCCACGGGACCAGCAAACACGAGAGGCGCAGGCGCUGCUGUCGUCGCGGGUGCGGGUGGUGGGGCUUCCACACUCCGCCGUCGCCAAUCCGCAUGCCACGAAGCGUGCGUUUACCCUUCUAUACGGUGUGCGUCUCGUGCAGACGGAAUACGUGCUGGUACAUGACCUACACCGUGUGUUGGUGACGUCGUUGCCGUCCCUCGCUCUGGAGAACGGAGCAGCAAUGAACGCCGCCGCUGCCCGCAGCAAUCGUGUGCACGAGCACGUUCAACACGAGGUCACACUCGCGCUGCAGGCCCUAUCGAAGAAUGCGCUUGCGGGCCUUUCACACACGCUGGUCGAUCAGGCGCGCGCUUCGCCAGGCGAGGAGGAUGUCCACGCCUAUCGCCUGCAGGUGUACGCCUCGGUGGACCGUCACGACGCCGCGCGCGAGGCUGAACUGCAAACUCGGCUCGUCGCCUUCGUUAAGAAAGUCGUAGCGCCUGCUCCACUCAACACCACCGCUGCGGAGAGCCCUGCCAACACCAAGAGGGACAACAGCGAAGAGGAUGGGAAGGCUGCAGCGGUUACGGUCCGCGAGGUGCAGGACGGACUGCCCGUGGCAGCCUACAGCACCGCACCGCACUUCCACUGCCUGCGGGCGCCGCUGUACAGCAUCCGCGUCCCGGUGCCGCCGUGGAUGCGUGCGCCUCACCGCACACGUUCGCCGGCGACAGCCGCAACUGUGGACCCCCACCACAACGUCAGCUCCACCGUCGCUCCGCCCGCUCUCUCCACGCUCUGUGAGGUGCUGCUGAGCAGCCGUUCUGGCAUGCCGGUGGAUUACGCCCCGGGGGUCACCGUCUUCCACCGCAGUUUCUGCCAAGAGUGGCUCCAGUUUACGCUGCUGCCGAGCCCAACGACGCCCCGCGACACAAACGUGGCGGAGAACCCGCUGUUGAUCAUCGGCAAGGCAGCCGCUGCACAGGGGGGGCACGACGACGCCUUUGCGCAGCGCAUGGACAUGGCCCAGAGCCUCGGCGAUGGGCUCUGCACAGUGGAGUGGGUGGCGCAUCUCAAAGCCGCGCAGCUGUGGUACACGGAGCAGGCGGAGAGACGGCGACGACCGGGCAUGGGCGGCCUCAAAACGAACACCUCCGCGACAGCAGGAGCAGAACACGCAUCGCUUUCGAACGCGACCGUCUCGCCGGUGAGGAACGACGUGGCAAUGUCGAACCUCGUCGGUGCAGCCCCGUACUUGGAUCAGUACGCGGCGCUUCUCUUCUCCGACGAUGCGGCGCGGGUGUCGAAGCUGGCGGGGACGUACCUCGCUUUCCUGCCCAACGUCAGCUACGCCAUUCAGCACAUGCGCCGCACCAUGGAGGAUAAACUCGCGCAGACUUCCCUCAAGUACGCGGCGGAGCGCACUCGUCGGUUUAAAUCAAAGAAGGAACCGACGGAUCGCGAGGUGUUGUGUCUGCCGUCGCACCUGGCGCGGGUGGAGCUGCACUCCACCAUGUACAACACGCAGUGGUUUCUCACCCAGCUAGUCAUGCGGUGUCUUCAGCACAAAGAAAAGUGUCUUGGGGACCUCGCGGAAACCGACGUGCGUGUGUCGCAGAACGUGGAUCGAUACCUCUCAACAACAGGGAAGUGGGGUCGUGGGGAGUUUCGGGUGUGCAUGUCGGGUGGCGUGUACGUUGAAGACCCACUGACGCAGCUGCCCUGA